CUCCGGUGCCGGGAUCCUGCGCGGGACCCGCGCGGCCGCCCGGCUCGGCUGUUACUGUUGAAGAAUCUCUUGGCUUGGACUCAGUUCACUCCCUGACAUCGAUGAUGCAGUAGUGACUGACUGCUGCAGAAGGCUUUCAUCUGCUAAAUGCCUCCCAGCAUGUCUGCUGAAAAUCUUGAGCCAUCAGGAACACCACCUCCUCAUCCUUCCACAACUUUCCAACACCACACGCAGACCUUCUCCUCGAAGAAAGAAGGUACUAAGGGAGAUGAGCAGAGUUUAACGGAAGGACUUUUACUUCCUGAAGAGGAUGAGACUCCGGAGAAAGACCACUACCUGGAGGAGGAGGCAAAUUACCUGAAAGGAAACGAGUAUCAGGAUUAUCCGUAUGAACAGGAUUAUCGGGGCCAUAAGGAUCUGCCGAAGAAAGAGCUCCUGGAAGGGAAAAUGUUUCUGUAUGAGAAGUUUCUGGAAGCAGCAGAGAUUCCUGAGGAAGGGCACGGUGCGGGGCAGGGUGCUGGGGCCCCUUUUCGAUCCCGAGCUCCCCGGCAGCAGGGUCUGCGCCUGACACCCGAGGGCCUGUCCUCGGGCCCUGCAAAACCUUCCCUGAAAAUGGUUUCGACCACCUCCUAUCAGUCGGUGUUCAGGACCGUGCUCAAUGAAAUGGCUGUUCACGACGAACUGGAGGAGGAUAUUACCAUUCCCCUGACUGGUCAUCUGGAGGGUGAAACCAGAAGGAAACUGGGAAUUCUGUUGAAGAAAAAUUUUGAAAAAUACAAGGAGACGAUCCUCUGGAUUAUGAGGAAACGUGAAAGUAAGAAGUUGACUGCAGAGAGCACGUUCACGUUUCACUUAUGUAAUAUACCACCACAAGACGAGGAGGAGGAGGUAGAGCCAGAGAAAGAAGUCAAAAAACCUCGUCAUGUUGUUCGCCGUACAAAGACGUUAGCACUAGAUACGGACUGGAUCAACAGCAAGAUUAAGGUACUUCAAGGUGAUGGAAAAAUAAGUCUCUACCCCGAUGAGAUUAUCUUCCAAAUUCUCUUUCCUGAUGGAUCAGGCCAGAUAUAUUACCCAUCGGGACACCUGGCUAUGCUCAUCCUCAGUAUAAAAGAGGGCAAGUUCACGUACAUCAUUCUGGAAGACAGUGCAAAAACGUGCAUCCGGGCCCUUAUCAACAACUCUGGCCAUGCCACCUUCCAUGAUGAUAAUGGAGACAUCUGGUUGAGCCUAAGCCAAAACCUGGGCUACUACUUCGCCAAAGAUGAGUACCAGAAGGCCUGGAACUGGUGGGAUCUCAGCCUCCACGUGCACGCGCCCCCCAUCCAGCCUAUCUCCCUGAAAAUCAACCAGUACGUCGAGGUGCAAAUCAGGAGCCAGGACAAGAUCAUCUUCCACUUCACCCACCACAAGAAGCACAUUUGCUUAAACCUGGGCACCAAGUACAAGUACAUUACCCUGGAGGUGCUGAGCGAAAUGAGAAAGAAAUCAGUCCUGGAGAUGGAAGUCAGUCCCACGGCUCAGAAGAUCCAGAUCCUUCUGGGGAAAAUGAGUAGGAUCCUGAGGCUGUUGACCAUCCCCGACUUGGAAAACUUCAUUUGGUGCGUCAAGAUGUUGCCAACAAGGCGACACAGGUCCGAGCUGGAGCUUGCUCCCACCAAGCUCAAGCCAUCACCCAGUUGUCCCAGAUGGGCUUUGGCAGGUGCUGAAUGUCUGGGGGAGGUGGAGUGGUCAGAAGCCCCUAGGAAACCCCCAAAGCCCUAG